ACAACACUGGCGGAUGCAUCCGGUCAGCUGAGGCUUGUCAGAGCGCUUCCUGAUUAGCGAAUGAAAUCACAUUGCGGGGGCUUUUUCUUUACGAAAACAACCCAAAUGCUAACCGCUUCAUCCCGCAUCGCCACAGACGUCAGUACACGUGAUCUGGGGCCGUAGCAGCCGCCAAAAUGAACGCCGAGAAGGACUUUUCGCCAUUGACGCCCAACAUCGUCAGGGCUCUGAAUGACAAACUGUACGAGAAGAGGAAAGUCGCAGCUCUGGAAAUAGAGAAGCUGGUGCGGGAGUUUGUGGCUCAGAAUAAUUCAACUCAGAUCAGACAUGUGAUCCAUGUUUUGGCAUCGGAGUUUGCUCUCUCCCAGCACCCCCACAGUCGGAAGGGGGGUCUCAUUGGUCUUGCAGCUUGCUCCAUCGCCCUGGGGAAGGACUCAGGUCUGUAUCUGAAGGAGCUUAUUGAGCCAGUUCUAACGUGCUUCAACGACUCAGACAGCCGUCUGCGCUACUAUGCUUGUGAGGCACUCUACAACAUAGUGAAGGUGGCCCGGGGAGCGGUGCUGCCACACUUCAACCUUCUCUUUGAUGGUCUCAGCAAGCUUGCAGCAGAUCCAGACCCCAACGUGAAAAGUGGAUCUGAACUCUUAGACAGGCUGCUCAAAGACAUCGUCACAGAAAGCAACACGUUUGACUUGGUGGCAUUUGUGCCUCUGCUGCGGGAGAGAAUCUACUCAAAUAAUCAGUAUGCCAGACAGUUCAUCAUUUCUUGGAUCCUUGUUCUGGAGUCUGUGCCAGACAUUCACUUGUUAGACUACCUUCCAGAGAUUCUGGACGGGCUCUUUCAGAUCAUGGGUGAUAACAGCAAGGAGAUCCGUAGGACAUGUGAGGUGGUGCUGGGAGAGUUUCUGAAGGAGAUCAAGAAGUCACCCUCAAGUGUGAAAUUUGCAGAGAUGGCCAACAUCCUUGUCAUUCACUGCCAAGUUGCUGAUGAAACCAAACUCACAAAUGAUCUGAUCCAGCUGACCGCCAUGACAUGGAUGAGGGAGUUUAUCCAGCUCGCAGGCAGAGUGGUGCUCCCCUACUCCUCUGGCAUCCUCACUGCCGUGCUCCCCUGCCUUUCCUACGAUGACAGAAAAAAGAACACUAAAGAAGCAGCCAGCGCCUGUAAUAACAGUUUGAUGAAACUGGUGACCCCUGAAGACGAUGAAGACAAUGAGGAGGAUGGAAGUGGAACCACUGAAUCACCAUCUACAGUGGAAGGCCAGCCCAAAGUGGAGGGAGAGAGCGGUGAUGUGCUGAAUGCUUCUCAAGACUCUGUAGGCUUCAGUAAUAUCAGCUUCUUUACUCCAGCGAGCACUGAACGGCCUCAGGUAACUCUAGACCUAGAUGGCAUCGUGCAGGUGUUGGACCGCCACCUCCAUGACUCGUCCACUGGCAUGAUGACCCGCAUUGCUGUCCUCAAAUGGCUUUAUCACCUCUACAUUAAGACGCCACGCAAAAUGUUCCGCCACACAGACAGCCUCUUCCCUAUUCUGCUCAAAACACUCUCCGAUGAGUCAGAUGAGGUGAUAUUGAAAGAUCUGGAGGUGUUAGCUGAGAUAGCCUCAUCUCCUGCUGGACAAACUGACCUAGGCUCCUCCUGCGACAGCACUGACAACAAACUGGUUCUCAAGGUGCCAGAGGUUCCCAAGGCAGGGCAGCAGCCUAGCACCGGCUCCAAAGCUGCAGACUCAUCCCCGUCCACCCCGAGUAUGAACUCAUACUUUUACAAGUUCAUGAUCAAUUUACUUAAACGUUUCAGUCUGGAGAGGAAGCUUUUGGAGAUCAGAGGAGCUUUCAUCAUUAGACAGCUGUGCCUGUUGCUUCAUGCUGAGAACAUCUUCCACUCCAUGGCUGACAUCUUACUGAAAGAAGAGGACCUUAAAUUUGCCUCCACCAUGGUUCAGACCCUCAACACCAUCCUGCUCACCUCUGCUGAACUCUUCCAGCUGCGCAAUCAGCUGAAAGACCUGCACACCCAGGAAAGCUGUGCUUUGUUUUGCUGCCUGUAUCGCUCCUGGUGCCACAACCCCGUGGCCACCGUCUCGCUUUGCUUCCUCACACAGAACUACAAGCACGCCUACGAUCUCAUUCAGAAGUUUGGAAAUUUAGAGGUGACCGUAGACUUCCUAAUGGAGGUCGACAAGCUAGUACAGCUGAUAGAAAGUCCCAUUUUUACCUACCUGCGUCUGCAGCUGCUAGACGUGGAGAACAACCCCUACCUGAUUAAGGCGCUGUACGGUCUCCUGAUGCUGCUGCCACAAAGCCAGGCCUUCCAGCUGCUCUCACAGCGCCUCAAGUGUGUCCCCAACCCAGAGCUGAUGAGGACCGUGGACGAGUCCGAGUGCGUCAACUCCAAACAGCACGUGACCUGCAGACGUACCUCUCACAGUAAGGUGGAUUACAGUGAGCUGCUCCAGCACUUUGAUCGUGUGCAAAGCAAACACCUGGAGGUCCGGCACCAGCGUUCUGGACGAGUGGCUGACCACGACAGAAAGCUGGUGUGAAGUCUUCGUGCUACGCACACCUCUGGUUGUCGAGGACAAGGAGAUGAGGCUAACGGAGCACAAAGGACGGGAAGAAUCAGGAGGAUGUUGAAGCCAAAAAGUAUUAAUUACUUAUUCUUUUCCCCCAGAAAAACCAGAACGUUAUUGUCAGAAAUGCUCAUGUUUCAUUUAGACAUUCCUCUUAUGAAAAAGGUUUGAAAAACAUUUUAUCCUAAAAUGUGUACUACACUGUAAACGACAAAGUAGAUGUCUUCUUCUGUGGUGUAAAUGAAUAAUGCAGAACGUGUUAGAAAAGGUUAAUAACUACAUUUGUCACGCACUGUUUUCGUCUGUCUUCCCGUGAGCAGGUGUUCAGGGUUCUCUCAUUCACGUCAGUCAGAAAGGAAAUCUCGCAGGAGGCGUCAAAUCGGCUCAACCAGGAUUUUAAUGUGAGGGUGACACCAGAGCCAGCUGGAACAGCCUCGCACGGCUUUUAAUUUGACGUCUUGACAACAUAAUCAACAGCGUUUGUGUUGCUCUUUUAUUGUUUGUGCUGUUUGUUCUGCUCUCUGGAGAUUGCGUUAAUAAAGCAUUAAUAAAGUA